UGCGGGACCGCGGCGGCAAGAUGGCGGCUCCGGCGGGGGCCGCCGCUGAGGGGAGCCCUGCCGAUGGGCCGCCGCCGCCGCCGCCGCUGCCCGAGGGAGUGGCCGAGGGCGAGGCGGCGUCGGCGGAGGCCGGGCCCAGCGGGGCGGGCUUCCGGCUGACGGUGGGGCGGCGCGAGCCGGCGGUGCGGCUGCAGCACGGGGUGAGCGGCCUGGAGCCGCUGGCCUGGUCGGAGGACCACCGCGUCUCGGUCAGCACGGCCCGCAGCAUCGCCGUCCUCGAGCAGCUCAGCGACGCCCGCGGCGGGAGCGCCGACCUGGUCCUCCACCGCACCGCCGUGCCCGCCCCCGCCGCCGCCUGCCAUCUCAAGGUUGGCUCCAAGAAAGAAGUUGCCGAGAGCAAGGAGAAGUUUGCGAGUUCGAAGGACCCGGCCGUGAGCCAGACCUUCAUGCUGGACAGGGUGUUCAACCCCGAAGGGAAGUCUCUCCCGUCUCUGCGCGGCUUCAAGUACUCCAGCUGGUCUCCGCUGGGCUGCGACGCCAACAGCCGGUGCCUCCUGGCGGCGCUGACCCUCGACAACCGGCUGACCAUCCACGCCAACCUGAACAGGCUCCAGUGGGUGCAGCUGGUCGACUUGACGGAGCUGUACGGGGAGCGCCUCUCUGAGAACAGCUACAAGCUUUGCAAGGGCGAGGCCCCCCGGGGAGACCUCGGGGACUUCUCCGAAUUCCAGCGCAGGCACAGCAUGCAGACCCCGGUGCGCAUGGAGUGGUCAGGGAUCUGCACCACCCAGCAGGUGAAGCACAACCACGAGUGCCGGGACGUGGGCAGCGUGCUCCUGGCGGUGGUCUUUGAGAACGGGAACAUUGCCGUCUGGCAGUUCCAGCUUCCCUUCGUGGGCAAGGAAUCCAUCACCUCCUGCAGCACCAUCGAGUCGGGCAUCCACUCCCCCAGCGUCUUGUCUUGGUGGGAGUACGAGCACAGCAACCGGAAGAUGAGCGGGCUCAUUGUGGGGAGUGCUUUUGGGCCUGUCAAGAUCCUCCCCGUCAACCUCAAAGCCGUCAAGGGCUACUUCACCCUGCGGCAGCCAGUGGUCCUGUGGCCAGAGAUGGACCAGUUGCCGGUGCAAAGCAUCAAGAGCAUGCCUCUCUACCACCCUUACCAGAAAUGCAGCUGCAGCUUAGUGGUGGCCGCGCGGGGCUGCUACGUCUUCUGGUGCCUGCUGCUGAUCUCCAAGGCGGGCUUGAACGUCCACAACUCCCACGUGACAGGGCUCCACUCGCUGCCCAUCGUCUCCAUGUCUGCCGACAAGCAGAACGGCACCAUCUACACGUGCUCCAUCGACGGCAAGGUCCGCCAGCUGAUCCCCAUCUUCACGGACGUGGCGUUGAAAUUUGAGCACCAGCUGAUCAAGCUGUCCGACGUGUUUGGCUCCGUGAGGACGCACGGGAUCGCGGUGAGCCCGUCCGGGGCGUACCUGGCGGUGGUGACGACGGAGGGCCUGGUCAACGGCCUCCACCCCCCGACCAAAAACUAUCAGGUCCAGUUUGUCACCCUCAAGACGUUUGAGGAGGCGGCCGCCCAGCUGCUGGAAUCUUCCCUCCAGAACCUCUUCAGGCAGGUGGACUUGACGGAUCUCGUCCGCUGGAAGAUCUUGAAGGACAAGCACGUCCCGCGGUUCCUGCAGGAAGCCCUGGAUAAAAAGAUUGAGAGCUUUGGUGGGUCCACUUACUUCUGGCGCUUCAAGCUCUUCCUCUUGAGGAUUUUGUACCAGUCGCUCCAGAAGGCCCCCUCGGAGGCCCUGUGGAAACCGACCCAUGAGGACCUGAAGGUCUUCAUCACCCACUCCCCUGGCACAGGCAGUCUCGAAGAGCAUCUGCAAGACGAAGGGGCGAGAGAGGGCAGCAAGCCUAGUCAGGGCGACACGGACGUGGAAGACUCUCCGGACGACUCUUUGGCCGCCCCGAGCGACCCAGGGGGAGAGGAGCCCAUAGCAGACAAGCUGCGGGAAAUCCAGGCCCAGAUUGAAGCCGUGGAGAUGCAUCUGACCCGGGAGCACAUGAAGAGGGUCUUGGGGGAGGUCUACCUGCACACCUGGAUUACGGAGAACACCAGCAUCCCCACCAGGGGGGUCUGUGACUUCUUAAUGUCUGACGAAAGCUACGACGACAGGACGGCUCGGGUGCUGAUUGGGCAUAUCUUAAAGAAAAUGAACAAACAGACUUUCCCCGAGCACUGCAGCUUGUGCAAAGAGAUCCUGCCAUUCGCCGAUCGCAAGCAGGCAGUCUGCUCCAACGGACACAUUUGGCUCAGGUGUUUUCUAACUUACCAGUCCUGCCAGAGUUUGGUGUACAGGAGGUGUCUGCUUCGUGACAGCAUUGCCCGACAUCCAACCCCAGAAGAUCCGGACUGGAUCAAGAGGUUACUCCAGGGCCCCUGCACCUUUUGUGACUCUCCCGUUUUCUAGGUGGCCGCUCGUGGUGGUGGGCUUGAAGGCACCUCUGCACAAAACCCGCCCAACUGCCAGACGGCACAGGCGCCUCACCCCCAGAGGGGAACGUUUAAAUCGCACGCUGCGCGCCGGAGAAGUUGGGUGGUCCAGUGUCCCGUUUCCAAGGGGAGAGGCAGCCAGGCCUUCUCUUGCGAAAUCCCAGCACAGACACUUUGGAAGUGGUUCUGACCCCAGCCCCACUCGAAGAUGGGUGCGUGACACGUCUCCUUUUGGAAAGUGGAGUCCGGAGCUGGAGCCGUGCGUGGAGACCUCCCUUCCGCUCGGUGGAGGGAUGCGUUCUUGGCGGAUCAGCAGGAUCGGGGCCUGGGGUGUUCCCCCUUUCUAAUGUCAAAGGCUCGAUGAGCACUUGCUGCACUAGAGACCGUGACGUUGCUAGAAGCGUGUGGGUUUGAAAACGUCGUUUGAAAAUGUCUUGCAUGCCAGUUGUCGUCACUGAAGGGAAAAAAAAUGGCCAUUUCACGGCCGCACAGCCUAGCAGAGAAGCCACAAAGCGGCCUGUGCUUCGUCACAGCAAGCAGCAGACGGCUGAACCAAACGGCCCCCCCCUUGGGCCAACGUUGGGGCACAAAGUUUGGAACAGGCUGUGUCAGCAUGGAGGGAUGGCAUGCAGUCAGAGACCCCCUUCUGGAACUUUAGAUUUCUAGUCGGUUUUAAAUCCACCUCUCCCCUUCCCCUCUGUGAUCUUUUUCAUUCCUCCUGUUCUCCCAUGAUCACCCCCAAAUCUGUCAGAGCUUUCCACCAUUCCAGUCUUCUUGGGAAGAACUCUCGCUGCACCAUUCCAGGAGAAAAAAUCUUCUUGUUGCGUCAGACUCUGAGUGGAUCCGGGCACUCAGCGGAACGAGGUGUCUUCUUGCUUACAUUGAGCAUCAAAAUGUUGUGGCUCAGCUGCUGUCUGGGUGGUACCAGCCAUUCCUAAGCACAUUCCCUCUCAUUCCGCUGCUGUCUGCUCAAAGGCCAGGCCAGUGAUUGUGUAUUGUAGCUCAAAAGAUUGGCGCUCGUGAUCAAGAGAGUCUUUCUAUUUCUUCCACGGGGUGAGCCAAUUCUCUGCUGGUGGAAGAGGGCAUCAGCCGACAUGCCCACCCACUCAUUCUAAAGGCAAGACUAUGUGAAUAAGUUGGGGGAGAUUCCUUCGAGGCGCUCAGUGUUCCCCCUAACAGGGAAUCUCAGAUGUUGUUGACUACAACUCCCAUAAUCCCUAGCCAAAGGCCAUUGCAGCUAGGGAUGCUUGGCGUUGUAGUCAACAACAUCUGGGAAUCCCUGCUAGAGGGAACAGUGCAGGCGGUCUAUAAUGUUUUAGAGCAGGGAUUCUCAGCGUUGGGUCUUCAGAUGAUAUAGGACUUCAACUCCCAUAAUCCCCAACCAAAGGCCACUAGGACUGGGGAUUAUGGGAGUUGAAGUCCAAUAACAUCUGGGGACCCAACGUUGAGAAUCCCCGUUCUAGAGCAGUGGUUCCCAACCUGGGUUCCUCCAGAUGUUGCUGAACUACAGCUCAGCAAUAAGUUGUCACUGGGGAUGAUGGGAGUUGUAGUUCAGCAGCAUGUUGGGGAACCCAGGCUGGGAACCACGGUUCUAGAGCCAGCCGCUUCUCAGAUGUCCUUCUGCCCAGUCUUCAGGUCUUCCAUCACAGGAGAAGCAUCGCCAUCGGCCGCCCUUCUUGGACUUCUGUGUGACAUCUCCCGCCAUGGGUUCCCUCUGCCUCCUCCACCAACAGAGAAGAGAAUGUUGGGACUCACUGUAAGGGUUCGUUCUUGUGGGUGGAACGGAGGGCAUUGGCCCCAUCCAGUAGUCUAGGAUGCAGUUCUUCUGAGGUGGGCUUACACGUGUUCUCUUUGAGGGUCUUCUUGACCUUGCCCACCUGUCUUCUUUGCCUCAAAGGGCUGCAAUCUUUCUAUGUUCCCACCAUGGUCGUGUUUUUUAUUCUUGGAAAGUUGUCUUGGCAGUGUGAGCUGUCUCUGUGUCUGUCCAGAAGUGGGAGCAAUCUCUGCUCCCCGAGGCUAUUAUUGCCCUGGAUAUUAACAUGGUCUACCUCGAGAGCAAGUGGGUGGAUGCCCUCCGUUCCACUGACAAAAUAGGAACCCUCACCGUGCGUUCCUUUCUUUCUAGUUGUGUGGUGUUUGCCGAUUAAAAUAAUGCACUUAAAAGCCACCGAGGGUUGCAACUAUGGCUCCUGAUCAACCCGUUUGUGGUUGCUUUUUGGAAAAUCCAGGGGUGAGCUGGAAGGGUCUUAAAGGUGGGUGUAUUUAACUAAUUUAUUCUGUUGUCCUUCAUAAGCAACGCCUUCUGGUGUCUCCAGUGAAUUACUACUAAGCCUGAUGCCUCUCUGCUGUCUGAAGCCGUGUCUGCCUUGUGGCCGGUUUCCCAGGAUGCUCUAGGAGUGCGUUUCUCUAGGGGACUGUUUCUCGCACCUCUGACUGCGAGGUCCCAGGUUCGUUUCCUGAGCAGGGCCAUGCAGCCGGAGACAAAAGAGCCAUGCCUUUUUUUGGUCCUGAUAUUUCACAUAAGGCUUCCCUCUCGUUGAAGGGGAAGCUAAGGCCGGGGAAGGCCUCUGCCUGCAGCAGUCUGAGAGCUGCUGCCAGUCAGAGUAGACAAUACUGGUCGAAGGCAGCCGUGUAUGUGCAGACGCUUUCCUGGGGCGAAUGAGUAGAGCUGGCGAAGGAGUGGUUGCCAUUCCCUGCCUAUCAGUCUUUCUCCCAAGCCUUGCUUGUGGCUGGAGGCAAUUCGCAGCCUAUUGAGAGGCCUUAAUAGUACGUAUUAGACAGUACUCUGGGUUAAUUGGAUUAAAGCAGUGUAAAAGGCUAAUUAAAUAUUGAACAAUGUGUUCUUGCUGCGGUAAGGCGAGAGAGCGAGAGGAGCGUGAAGAGCUGAAUCUCCAUCCAUCAGCACUACUAAAGAUAUCCAAAGAGCCACAAGGGACAGCCAGAAAGGCGGGAGGAGGGGUCACCGGCAGGCCAAGGGCUGCACCCAGCCGGCUUCCGUUUCUCUCCUUAGACUCCAAGCGUCUUGGCUUUCUGCUGUUCCCCCCUCUAGAAAUAAGUAUCUAGUCCUCAUGGCAGUAGAGACAUUGAGGAAAAACUAAACCCUCGGAAGGAAGAGGAAUUCUCCCCCACCCCACCAUUCUGUUUUUCCGUUGAUCGGAGUCUGCCUCUUUCAGACCACCGGGCGCCCUUUGCAUUCUGAGAUGGGCGCCUUCAGCUAAGAGUGUUGGUAGGACGAGCACUCCAGGGGUCCACGAUUGUCGUGUGAUGUUGAUAAAAUGAAUUUUCCAAGUUGGCGGAAGGUCUCGGGCUCGUGGUGCGUUUCUGGCUGGGCUCUGAGCAAGCUGUACAUCCCUGGGUUUCUUCGUCUGCAAGGGACUGCGUAUCCCAUCACUCCAUGACCUGGUGCCCGUAGGCUCACCCUCGAACUCUACCCAUACCGUUUGAAUGGAGUUGGGGGGGGGGCCAAAAUGUGUCGCUCUCUUCCUUCCAGUGUCCCACAUCUCACAGAGCAAAGGUCAGGUCACAAGUAAGAGCUCUGUGUUGCUUCCAAAUGGGGUAGUCGUCACCAAUAACCAUUGUCUGGAGCUGAAUUAAAAAGAAGACAUGCCAGAAAGUCAAGCAAUGAGGAUAGUGCCUAUGAUUGACACAACCAGGGGUUUCUCCGCAUAAUCCCCAGAAGUCCCAGUCCAGAAGCACUGUUCCCUCUAAGAGGGAUUCCCAGCUGUUGUGGACUACAACUCCCAGAAUCCCCAGCUGCUGUGGUUUUUGCUUGGGGAUUCUGGGAGUUGUAGUCCCCAACAGCUGGGAAUCCCUCUUCGAGGGGACACUGUCUACAAGCAGCCUUCCAGUGCUCCAGGAGAGAGGAGACUCCCAAACAGGUCGUCUGUCCCUCGCUUGGAUCAGGUUCCCAUUUCCUCUCCAGCUGUAUUGAGAAGGCGGAAUAGCUGUUGUCUUAUCUCCGGCUUGAGGUGGGCACAGAACUCUGUGCUUGUUGGCUGGCAACAUGUCAGCUUCUCUCCAAAGCUGGUGUUGAUGGAGCAGUAAGUUGGCACCGAGUUCAGCGCGGAUGUCCAGACGGAGGCAGGCUGUUCAGGCUUCUCGGACUUGGGCCCCCAGAUGUGGUUGGACCUCAGCAUCAUUGCAGCUGGGGAUUAUGGGCGUUGAAGUCCAGCCCAAGUUCGAGACGCCCCGUUCUAAGGGGCUGAGACUCUGUUGAGGAGGAAAGGCCCCCUUUUCAAAAGGGAGGCCCUCUCAGUCUAGUCAGGUUGGGUUCCUUCCAUGCAGGGCACGGCUUCAUACUCUGCAAAGGAAUAUGAGCGUGGGGGGCAACCUGCAACUUCCCAUGUUGCCUUCAGCUCCCAUUUGUACCGAAUGUGGAUUUAGAAGAAAAAACACAAAGACACCAGAGAUUAUUCCCAACAGCUGCUUAAUAUGUAGUCUUCCCUGAAAGACAGGAAAAGCGGCUUGCUUCCAUUUUGAUGGGUGUGCACAGACACACCGUUCCCCCCAGUGGGAUUCCAGGGCUUGGGUGGAAGGCGCGUUUUUGGGGACACUUCGGUUGGGACGGGGGAGCCGAAUCGGACCCCGGUGACCCCGCUUAAACUCAGCCAUGAAGUACCAAGCCUGUCCCUGUCUGCAUAGCCUGGGCGUUCCUGACCGGUGGUACUCCAGAUGUUGCUAAACUACAAUCCCCAUCAUCCCCAGCUGCAGCAUAUUGUGGCUGGGGGUGAUGGGAAUUGUAAUCCAGCAACAUCUGGAGUGCCGCCGGCCGGGGACCCUGGCAUAGCCCAACCUGCACUCUUUGUGUUGGUCCCCUUAAAAGUCCGACAGAACCUUGCAGCUAAGACGGCUGACUGACCGAUUCAGCAUCCUUCACACACAAAGAACUGGACUCCUGUGGCCUGGAAGGGUCUUUGCACAAAGACCCCAGUAUGGGAUGUUGGGAAAGGUGGUGCCACCAGAAGGAAACCCAGCUCAGCUUCCAUGUCACAGGCCUGGGGUGGGCAAGCUCUCCCUGAGGGGCGAACAGGCUUCUGACAGCACUUCUUGUGGUCUUGACCCCAUGUUGGUUGUCAUAACUUUACAGCAUGUCCACACAGAAGAGGGAAGUCACCUCAAAAGUCACUGCAAAUGACGGAUUAGGGCCUUUGCCGACCCGUCUGCCUGCCACCUCAGCAUCAAGGUCAAAACGUGUCUGCGUCACUGUGUGGUUGACUUUCUGUUUUCACUAACUGCCUAUAUGAGCAGCUCUUGGUACUUCUAGCAUUAUGCUGCAAUAAGCCAGUGUGACGAAGGCAUCAUUCCUUCCUCUAACUGGGCCCUGUGUGUCCGACUGCAAAGGAACCAUCCAGUGUGUUGUAGAGAAGAAAUGUUAAUUGAACUAUCCAGCCCUUCUGUUACGAAACAGAAUGGACCGAAACAGUGUUAUGAAGUUCUCUGGUUCCUCAUAUUGUCCUGCUCUCUUCAGGACGGUACUGUGAAUAUUAAUGCUGUAUAUAUGGCUGGUUUCUUUUGUAAACAUGCAACAUAAUCCAGAGAAUGUGUGGUUUUUUUGUAUACAGCCACAGUAGCAUUGUUACAUGACUCCAUUUCUAAAUAAAGACCUAAAACAAUGUG